AUGACAUCACUGACUCAGAAUGCUAAAUAUCUUACACAACAUUACAAGUUAGUACCUGUCCCACUUUACCUACCAGUCAACUUUGGCGUUCUCACACCUAAGGUCCGCGUCAGCGGACAGGGAAGGGUCCGGUCUUGUGCUGUCACUCACCCAGCCGGCCUGCCCCGCCCGCCGCCGCCGCCUGUCUCCCACCCAGCCUUAGCUCAGCGGUACCAGCCAGACAGGAAGGAUGCCGGAACCCACCUGCACCGAGCUCUUAGGGGUGCACGACUGAGAAGGGCAGCCGCCCAGCGAUUUCUACAUCCGGGGCGCGGGGUUGGAGGGUACCGCUGUGAAGGAGCACUUCCGGCUCUGCACCACUCCGCCGCCAAAGCGGCGCUCACGGAGACAGCACACCGCGAGGUCGCUGCUGCCCUCUACUGGCUGCUUCUCUCCCGGAGAUCGGCUCAAAGUGCGAUCUCUGCUCCUGGAAGAAAAGGAAGCUCCUCCAGGGUUCAAAGGGAGGAGAAGGCUUUUGUUCCAAAAUUUGACAAGGUUCCUUGGCUUAGUGAGGCCAGCCUGGUAAACAAGCCCUUGGUACUCAGCCUCCCUGGAAGAUAUCCCGCCUCUGCCACUAUUCUGACUUUACCUAGGAAGGACAUGGAUUUGCAGAAUUUCCUUCAAGUUCCAGAUGCUAUGUCAAAGGCCAGAAAGAACGGGCAUGAAAAUCUGUUACCCAGGAACAAGCAACUAUACUCCACGUAUCGAGAAGUGAAAACGGUACAGCCAAAAAACUUCACAAUCCCAGACUAUGAAGAGAAAUCAUCCUCCCAGAAUUCUGUGAAUCACAGAGUGAUGUUCAUUCAUCAUCCCCAUGUCCAGCAGUUUAAUCAGUGCUACCACAAAACAGAGAGCAUUGGCUACAGACUGCCCAUUAUGGGCCCCAGGACUGCUAUCUUCCACGGGCUGCUGUCAAGUGCCUACCAUACUCCUCAGGAGACUCAACACCUCUCCUUUCCCAGAAACAAACGAAUGAUGAAGACAAUGAAGCAGGGAGUGGUCAAAGAUAAUUACCCCCAAAUGUUCAGGGAAGAGACCACGUCUCCAAGCAGUUCUGAUACUUCUUCAUUCCCAUAGUCUUCGUAUCUCCUGAAAGAUGAAUCAUUUUUCCUUCCUACAUGAUGCUAUUCUAGCUCUUACCACUUUCUCCUAAAGACAAAAUGGCUUAAUUUACAUAAAUAUAAAGAUUUAUUGACUAACACAGAAUGUGGUAAGUGUGCCUUGUAUUAUUUUUGCUGAAGAUUUUAAUGCAUGUUAUAAUAAAUGACAAUCUUCUCUUCAUAAGUCAUGGGUUUUUCCAUGAAAGUCAUUUAGCCCAUUCUUUCAUGUAGGAGGACCAGGGGUGGCUCCUGGAGCCCUCUAUGAAUUUAUGUUAUUAGUAAUCAUAGAGAAAGGGGAGAAAAAUCUCCUUUUUUCUUUCAGUUAAUCUCAUGGAUAACAGGGGACACUAUGAUGUCAUAACUGGCAAAUGAUUACUUGUUGCAAUCCCUAGUCACAGGAACUGUGCCCCAUCUUUCCUUCUGUGUCUCCUUGCAUAUUAAUCAAGUGUUCAGCCAGUCUUUGCUUGUAUUUUAUAGUGAGGUUAUUUUUAUAUGAAAAUGCAUGCUUCCAGUUCUGUGCUGAUCUGUAUGUACACAGUGUGAAGAUCACAAAAGAUAAUUCCAAGCUUGCAGAUACUAUAUUCAUGGUCAUAUAUGUUCUGAGCCAAGUUUCAAGAGGCUUUAUAUAAAAAAAAGCCCUUCUGUUUCUUAGGAAGCAACUGCCUAGUGGAAAGCUACCCCCUGACUAAAUGGAUGCUAGACCAACCUAUGAGACACAACCUGUGCCAACCACUUUUGAAGAAUGGAGUUAAAAGAUCUCAGAUAAAUGAGCCAGUGUCCAAAUCGAACUCAAUAAA